AUGAAUGAUACCAGAACUUCACUUGAAACUAAACAGUGUCCUGAUACUGAGAUACAAAAAAAUCAUAUAGUAACUCUGGAAGAAUGGCAAGAAAAGUGGGUGACCCACAGGAUUGCAUUUCAUCAAAAAGAAGGACAUCAGCUAUUAAAGAAGCAUUUGGAUACUUUCCUUAAUGGUGGAAGUAGACUCAGGAUAUUUUUCCCUCUCUGUGGAAAAGCAGUUGAGAUGAAAUGGUUUGCAGACUUGGGACACACUGUUGUUGGUGUGGAAAUCAGUGAACUUGGGAUACAAGAAUUUUUUACAGAGCAGAAUCUCUCCUACUCAGAAGAACCAAUCACCGAAAUCCCUGGAGCCAAAGUAUUUAAGAGUUCAUCAGGGAACAUUUCAUUGUACUGUUGCAACAUUUUUGAUUUUCCAAGAGCAAAUAUCGGCCAAUUUGACCGGAUAUGGGAUAGAGGAGCAUUAGUUGCUAUUAAUCCAAGUGAUCGACAACGCUAUGCUGGUAUAAUGUUGUCCCUAACAAGAAAAGGGUUUCGUUACCUUGUGGCUUUUUUGCGUUAUGAUCCAACUAAAUAUCCAGGUCCACCAUUUUAUAUUCCUGAUGCUGAAAUUACAAGGUUGUUUGGUACAGUGUGUAAUAUGCUUUGUCUUGAGAAUGUUGAUGCUUUUGAAGAACGACAUAAAAGUUGGGGAAUUGACUACAUUUUUGAAAAGUUGUAUCUACUUACUGAAAAGUAA